GAGUUGACAAAUGGCCGCUUCGUAGUCUCUAUAAAAGUUAGCGUUACUGCUGUCCUGAGCACAACCGGAUCUCGCUGUAGAACAAUCCACCUUAGGCCCAUAUUUUAUAAACAAAAGUUUUUUCCAGGCAGGUUAAACCGACGCUUCAAGCUGUGACGUGUCAGUGGGCGGGGCUUACCGGGGAGGAAUGUAAACAGCUAGCAUGCCUGUUCAGCAGCUACCGUCAGCGCAGAUCACUGAGGCGCAGUCGAUGCUGAAAAGGUCUGACUGGACAUCUGCUGACUGAAGACUCAGAAAAUCCUCAGUUCCUUUUCCAACCUGGUACAAAAACUAAGAGGACAGUCAUUCUUUUUUAUUUUUGGGGGUCUUUCAGUUCCCCAGUGUUCAUUCUUCAAGUUAAGAUGAGAGCCUGACUGGCACCCGAAACUCUGCGGAUGUUUAUUUACAGAUAAAAAGGCAGAAAAAUGCAGUUUUUUUCUGGGCGUUUCAGCAGAAUUUGGUCACAUUGAGAUGUUCUUCACAACCCACAGAGCCUCGUCUUCCACUUAAAUCACCCUGAAGAUAGAUGUGCUGAUUUCAUGAGCAAUAAUUCAUUUCUCCUUUGAAAGCUGGAAAGUGAAAGCCCGAGUCUGUCUGCAUCCAGUUUCAUUGGUUCGGCUGAUCAUGGCAGAAUCCAGCGCUCCGCCAGCCGCUCCAGCUAGCCUGCUGAUUGGACGCAGCAAAGAGGAGCCGAGUCUGAACACGGAGAGCCGCUCCAAAGAAAUGAACGACUCUGUUUUUACCGAUGGGUCCGACCGGGAGGCGAAAGUCCAAAAAGUCAGCAGUAAAGAACCGGAGGAGGAUGACGAGGCCACGCCCACACCGCCUGAGUCAUCGCCUAGUCUGUCGGAAAACGAGACAAUGACCAUCGCUACGACGGAGGACGAAACUCUGUCGGUCCAGCUCAGACACAUAAAGACUGAAGGAGGAGCAGAGCCAGCUCCAGACCCGGACCUGGAGGAAAGCUCGUCUGGGAUGACGGCGGCGGACUCCGAUGAGCAGCGGGAAUCCUCCAACUCGGCGUCCUUCUCCAUUCCCAGCCUGGACCUCUCCGACGGCGUCACGACCACGGGAAACUCUCUGGACAUCGAGGACGGCUUGUCGUCCAUCUGCUCCGCUCCGGGCGCCGAAGGCGGCUCUCUGUCCGCCGAGGCUCCCGGUCUGAAAGCGGAUGAGGCGCUGAAAGCGGCAGAGGGAGCUGUUGCCGCCGCUGCUGUGGCUCCUGCUGCGGCUGCAGGUCCUGCGGCCGCAGAGCCAGGACCCGCCAUGCCGGCUUACUACCUGGUGAAGUGGAUCACCUGGAAGGAGAAGAAGACUCCCAUCGUCACCCAGAGCGAGAACGGACCCUGCCCCCUGCUGGCCAUCAUGAACACGCUCUUCCUGCGCUGGAAGGCCAAACUUCCUGCUCAGACGGAAGUGGUCACCACUGAGGAGCUGAUGGCUCAUCUGGGAGAGUGUGUUUUAUCAGUCACACCCAGAGAGAAGACGAAUGCCAUGGAGCUCAACUUCCAGCAGAACAUGAGCGACGCCAUGGCGGUUCUUCCGAAGCUGUCCACGGGUCUGGAUGUCAACGUUCGCUUCACGGGAGUCACGGACUUUGAAUACACGCCGGAGUGCAUCGUGUUCGACCUGCUGAACAUCCCGCUGUACCACGGCUGGCUGGUGGACCCACAGAGUCCAGAGACGGUGGCUGCUGUGGGAAAGCUGAGCUACAACCAGCUGGUGGAGAAAAUCAUCGACUGCAAACACUCUGCAGACAGCAGCAGAGUCAGCGAAGGUCUGGUGGCGGAGCAGUUUCUGGAGUCGACGGCCACCCAGCUGUCGUACCACGGCCUCUGUGAGCUCAACACCACGGCGAAAGAGGGAGAGAUCUCCGUUUUCUUCAGGAACAACCACUUCAGCACCAUGAUCAAACACAAGGGCCACCUGUACCUGCUGGUGACGGAUCAGGGCUUCCUGCAGGAGGAGAGCAUGGUCUGGGAAUCUCUCCACAACGUCGAAGGAGACGGGAACUUCUGCAACUCCGACUUCAGGCUGAGCCACGCGCCGGAGCGUUCGCCGGCCGCCGCCCACCUGCCGCCCAGCAGCCAGGAGCAGCAGAGGCAGAUCGACCAGGACUACCUGGUCGCCGUUUCCCUGCAGCAGCAGCAGGAAGGCGCUCCUGGACCUCUCAGUGACUUGGAGUUGGCCCGGCAGCUGCAGCAGGAGGAGUACCAGCAGCAGCAGCAGUUUCAGCAGCAGCAGCAACAGGCGGGGCCAACACCGACGCCGCAGCAGGUCAGAGGUCAGGGGUCGCAGCAAGCCAGAAGAAGGGAGAAGGAGUCGGACUGCGUCAUCCUAUAAUCGCUUCCUGUUUAGCGCCUCGGAGUCUCGCGUGUCUCGCACACUGAGUUAGCUGGACGCCAAACAUGGCUGCUUUCGUCCAGCGGGUCUGUGUCCUCCAGUCGGGAAAACAUAAACAAAGGGAGUCCGUUGGACCGGCCGGGUCCAGCUGAAGAACGGACCCGCCUCCAUGAAGGGCUCACCGCAGUAACCGAGGUCUUUACCUAUAAACUGUCUAACUGCUGCUCUACGGUCGAUUUUAUUCAUUAAUGAGAAACAGAAGCUUAACUGUUGCCAAUACUUUAAACCUUCAGUCAGAUAUUUAAUUACGUGAGAUAAUUUUGACAGCGAGUGAAGCCGUACGUUUUUAUUUUAUUUUAUUAUCAUUCAGACACAUUUUCUAACAGUUUGGAGGCCAGCGGUUGGUUGGUUUGUCCCCCACUUAUUUACACGUCACCAAAACUAUUCAGAACUCAAACCUUUUCACAUUUUGGGACAUUAAAUCCAGAAUUUCUCAAUUUUGGGGGGAUUUUAUGUGACAGACAAAUGUUCAAAAUUAUAAAGUGAAAGUUAAAUAGUAAUUUUUGCCAAUUCGUCUUUACAAAGUAGCUCAAACUCAUUCAGAUUGGACUUGGAAUGACUUUGAAUAUCAGUUUUUAAGUGUUGACACAGAUUUACUUUGACUAGGCCAUCCUAACACAAUGAUAUGUUUUGAUCUAAACUCCCCUAGCGGCGUGCACUGCAAAAACACA